AUGAGCAGUGUGAAAUGGCAUAAUGAAUUCCAAGACAGAACAUUUCAAGAGAGGGAUAUGGAGAACAGACAGGAUGGAAGCUCAGGGGGCUGGUUCAGGAUCACAAUUUCAUAUGGAAUAAAGUAUAACAAGAAAUGGCUAAUAAAUUCAAUCCAAAGCCAUUGCAGUGUCCCCUUUACUAUGGUCAAUUUCCAUUACUUUAAAGACCAAGCCCAGUUCUUUAUUCAGGAUGUUAGUGCUGCCUCUGCAUUGAAUGAUACCAACUACAAGAUUUGUGAUGAGAAAAAUCAAAAGCUAUCUAUGCAUGUAAAUCCCUCUGCUGUACCCUACUCUAUACAGAAUAAAUUGGAGCCAGAAGAAAUGGAGCAGCUAAAGGUAAUGAAGACUCAAGGUCAAUUGUAUGAUAUCUCCCAUAAAGCUCUUGACCUCCAUAAACUCCACUUUGACCCAGGUUUGAUGGACCAUGAUAUAGAUAUAAUCCUGAAUUGAAGAAACUACAUGGCUGCCACCCUGCAGAUAAUCAAAGAGAAUUUCCCCGAACUUUUGUCCUUGAACUUGUGCAAGAACAAACUUUACCAGCUGGAUGGCUUGUCUGACAUUCUACAGAUGGUCCCCACAGUAAAUAUCCUGAACCUCUCCAAAAAUGAGUUGGGAAGAGAGAACCAGAUUAAAGUUGGGGUUGACAUCUGGGAGUUAGGCAAGAUGAAAGGGCUGAAGCUUGAAGAGCUGUGGCUAAAAGAGAACCCUCUGUGUGGCAUCUUCCCAAACCAGUCUGUAGAUGGCCAGGUGUUACCAACAAGAACUGUAAUUUGCAUUGAAGCCUCCAAUGCCCUAAACAGUUUGGAAGAAUACUUCAAGGACAGCAGGGAUAUUAAGAAGGUCAAGAACCCAAACCUGCAGGUUCAGCUGCUAAAACAUGCAAAAUAUGACAUUGUUGACUGCCUCAAUAUGUUGCCUAAAACUCAGCAUGGCCUUAACUCCUAUGUGGUAGACCUGAGCAUCCAGAUGGAAACAAUGCUCUGUUUUUAUGUCAAUGGGGUUUUUAAGGAAGUAGAAAGAAAUUCUCAAGGUUCUGUCCAUGCUUUCACCCUGACCUUCAUCUUGACUUCUGAUAGCAAUUCCAGUCUAUGCAUUGUGAAUGAUGAACUGAUUGUGGGGAAUGCCAGGACCAAAGAAACUCAGAAUGCCAUCUCCAUUCCAGUUCCCUCACCCUCUGCGAGCUGCAUGCCUAUCUUCUCCCAGAAACAGCAGGAAAUGAUGCAGGCUUUCUCUGCUUAG